AUAAGCUUACCCCUCACAAUGACAGACAAAACAGGCUCGACAGUGCAAGGCAGGUCGAUGAGCAGCUUUACCUCCUGGGGGUCCUGGAUAUGGGCAGUUCUACCAGUCAGGCUGCCGAGCCAAGAAGCGAAGUCCAAGCGAGGAUUCAGCGGGUGAUUUUGCUGGGUUCCUGCACAGAGCUGAAACGCCAUUUUGCUGAUAGACCCGCAGCACACCGUGACAUCGCCACGCCGAACGAAAGACCGACGGCCACGACGAAGGUAUCCCCAUAUAAUGAAGGCCGAACAGCGAUUGAUUCUUCUCCAACCCUGCUACAACCCCUCCAUCGUCAUGUACAUCCCCGGCACCGGACCUUCAGCUGACCUCAAGACCAUCCGCAUCUCCUGUGCGCCCAUCAGCACGCCCCAUGUUCCAUCCGGUACGACCGAGAUCCCUCUCGGCGAUAACAGUUUGACGGCAUACCUCACUGUCUCAUCCGUCCUGGCUUUCGAUGGAGCUCUCGACGAGAGUAAACUGGUGAAAGCUAUCACUUUGCUUUCGGGGGCGUGGCCGACCUUGGCUGGUCGUUUCAAGAGCGUUGGCGAAGGUGCCGAUACCAAGUUCAGCAUCGAACUCACGUCCUCCCCUGUCCCCUUUGAGACACAGAGCAUAGAGCGCGACCAGACAUUCCCCGACAAGCUCGUCAUCCAGCCAACUAUAAACCCCUACAUACCUCCCCUCGAUCCGAGCGUUCGUUUCCCCAAUACCGACAACCAUCUCUUCUCCGUUCGCCUCACCACGCUUCUCCCUUCCAACAAGUCGGUCCUGGGUGUCCAGGUAUCCCAUCUGGGAAUGGACGGGACGAUGGGCCGAUACCUCGUCAAGCUCCUGGACGCUCUGUACACCCACGGAGAAGCUGCUCUGCAAAGUACGGAUCCCGCGGUUGUCAUCCCGACGUUCUUCCCUGGUGGCGUGGUCCUCUUCCUGCCUAUGAUGCUUCGACGGACGGCCUGGCAUCCGCUAUCCCUUGGAAGGCCUUUCCAGAAGCUAUCAACAGCUACAUUGCCGAUUCCAUGACCUCUUCCAGGGUCGCCUUGCAGUUCACCAAGUCCGAGCUGCAGGUACUCAGAGACCAAUAUACCAGCUCGAGUCCGGGGUCAAGCUCUCGACCCAAGAUGCCAUCUCCGCUUGGUGGGCGACCCUGUUGAACAAGGUCGGUGUGGAUGUAAAGUCUCUCGUAUACGUCCUUGAUUAUCGCAAGUGGUGUAUCGGUCAUCCCUCCUUCCCUCCCAACCUUCCCACUCUAGCUGCUGUUAUAUUUCAAAUAUAUCCCAUCGACAUCUCCGCCGCUUCCACCCCAGGACAAGUCGCCAAGACCAUCCGAGAGCACAUAUCUACGCUCCGGGCGUCCGAGAAGGACGAAGCGCUUCACUGGCUGUCUCACGCGUUUCACCACAUGCACCCGUUGACCGUCAACGACCAAGCUGCAGUAUUUGGAGGUGAUGAGCAGUUUAUGGCGGAUCAUAACUUUGCUGUCGUCAACUCCAACAUCCGUAUUGACUGGACCUUUUCCUUCGGAUUCAAAGAGCAUCAAGUCUCUUACCACUCCGAGUUCACUUGUUCUCGCUUCCUUCGUGUGUUCCAAGCCAAUCUUGACGAAGGGGAGGGGAAGGGAGACAAGAUUGAGGUGUACUUCCAUGUGCCAAACAACCAGGCUGAAAAUGCGAAAGAGAUUAUUCAAAGUGAUAGGGAGCAAUGGGCCGUUGCUUUGGGAGCGUCUGUAUAAGGUCGUGGUCGGGUAAAUGCAUAUUCUGGAACCAAGAGUCAA